AUGCCUGUAUCAACAGUUGCUUCUGAAUCCGCCUUUAGUACUAGAGGUAGAAUACUUGAUCAAUAUAGGAGCUCUCUUACUUCAAAAACUAUUGAAGCUUUGAUUUGUGCGCAAAAUUGGUUUCGAGCCAAUUCAUUGCCAAUGAACCUUGAGGAGUGUUUUGAAGAAUUUGAAAAAUUUAAGAAAGACGAAUUUGGUCUGCCAGUUUAUAGGAGUGGAUCAUCUCCAAUAGGGCAGAAUGGACCAGGGUGGCUUUUGGCGGGGCGGGGCUCCCCGUGUGCCACCCCUAGACUACUUAUUAUUGCCAACCCGAAGAAAACAAGUUUAAACGCAAAAAAGACUCACAGUUGCAGACUUCACUCUCACUAUCAACCAAUCUCUCUCUUUCUCUCUCUCUCUCUCUCCCCACCGUAUUCCGCCGCCACCCACCACAAAUGGACGACCGGCCGCCGCUACAAAAGAUCGCAAUUCCGCAACCUCCUAAAUAACCACCACCACCAUAACAACCACCACCUGAUAGGUUGGUUCUCCGCCCGCCGGAAAACCCCACUCCGUCCCUCCAUGCGCGAAUUCUCCGUCACGCAAUCCCUCUCUUCUCUCUCCGCAUUCUCCUCCCAAAUUCAGAACUCAUCAAACCCUAAUUCCACAUCAUCUUCAACUGCUUCUUCCUCCUCCUCUUUCUCCCCUUGCAUCUUCAUCCUCUUGUCUUCUCCUUUCUCCAACGACCACAUCCACACUCACGAGUACCGCGCGUACCAGCUACGCGCUUCCUCCUCCUUCGAACCGAAACUGAUCGAUAUCGUCAACAUCGGGCCUGCGUUUCGAGGGCAUUAUGGUUCCUUUAGUCCUAACGCGGCAUUCCCGGUGUUGGAAUGCGAUUUGGGAAUGUCAAGCAUGAAUGAAGAUCGUGAUGGUAAUGCUGACAAGGAAGAUGAGAGAUUGAGUGUGAUGAAGGAGAAGGCGAAGGAUCAGAGGGAGCUCGAUGGUUGCGCCGAGGGUUUCGAGGUUGGGAGGUUGAGCAGGAUGAUGGGGUCGGAGGCGAGGAGUUACACUUCGAAUUUGGAGGAUUUGUAUGAGAAGAUGCUUGCAAAGGUUGAGAAUCUGACUAGGUUGGUGGAGCAGAGUAAUGCCAAGGUUCUUGAGCAGGAACAUUAUAAUAGAAAGUUGAGGCAAAAAAUUAGAGCUGCUGCCUCAGAGUAACUAUCAUUAUCAAUGAUGGCAAUGCUUUCGUUUUAAUUUCAGUUCAGAGGAGGGUUAAGCAAAUUGACGAUUUCAGCCUUGUACACCUGACCUGGAUAAGCAACAGUUUCUUCUGGUAUCACUGGAAACAUGAGACCGGCUGUUUGGACCUUUUGGCAGGCCUAUCAUAUAAUCUGUCCUGCUAUUGUAGAUUUUGUAUUUUUUACUUCAUGGUGACUCUUAAAGCUGAAGAAGGCGGUAAAUCGUGCAGGGUGGUUGAAUGGUUUUGGUCUUCCUCAAUUCAAAAAGUUUUGAAGCUUUCUCUCCCAAGCUUUUGUGGCACAUAUUUGCUUCCUGCAAUGACAUGCCAACUGUAUUUUGUAUUGUUUGCUUUUGGUUCCUUUUAUCCCCUUCAUAGAAUAUUAAAAUUUCAGCUUUAAUAGUUAGUUUUACUUUGUUGCUUGCACAAAGAUCACUGUAAAAGAAAGAAAUGAAAUCAACAAGCACUCGGUUAAUUUUGGUAUGUUUACAAAAUUAUCAUUCUAUGGUGAACUUCUGAAAUUUUCUGUUCUGUAA